AAACACCAAAACAAACAGUCGGGCCGCCAGCUUCCACUGUGCUUGGAGCACGUGACUCACAAACGUGAUGGGUGUUGAUGGUGGACGUGAUCCCCGUGGGCUUGUGAUCGUGGCCACAGACCGUGGCGUCGUGGACGCGAGCUCGCUUAAUUAAGUCAGUGGUCAGCGUAUUGAAUAAUGUCGGAGCCCGUAGCGACGGCCGAGGAAGCUCGCCCCAACGUAGACUUGGAGCUAGAACAGCGAGUGAAAGGCAGCUGUGGCCGCAUCUCGGAAAACGCCCACAUCUUCGCGAACGAGCCCUCGCUGGCUUGCUACCGCCUCCAGGAACACGUGAGGCGGUCGCUGGGCGCCGCCGUGGAACGACGUCUUCAGCUGGCCGAGGCCCGACACGAGCUGAGGGGCAAGUGUUACGACCUAGACUACUCGAUCGGGGCGCUGAAGGGCUUUCAGCAGAGCAAACAGCAUCUUGACAACAUCCAGGAACUGCUCAAGAACGCGGUGUUCGUCAAGCAGCAGCUGGCGCAUGGGGAGGCGCGGCAGCUGGCCAAGAGGCCAUCACGUCUGCAACGCCUGUCCGGCUCCUUCGACCUGGCUGCCGCUCAGCAGGGACCCGGUUUUGCAGGCGGCCUGAGCAGUUCGCCGUCCCUGGGAUCGGACAUGCGCACCUGCCACCCAGCAGCCACCCUGCGCUCGGCCAGUGCCUCCCCGAGGAGGCCGAGGGCUGCGUCAGUGUCAUCAGACGCACCCUCCACGUGAUCGGGCAGUCCUAGCUGAAGAACUGAUUACACCCCGCA